UGUUUGUUUUUUUCAAUUUUAUAUAAUUGUUUAUUAAGAAAUAUCAAGCAACAGAGAACAUUUUCGACCUAAAAUAAAAUUCAAAAGACAAUUUAAAAUUCGAAAAGAAAAUUAUCCCUCAAGUAUUUUUGUGAUAUUAGUGAUUUAAGUGAACAUUUAAUUUAUAUUAAAAAAAAAAUUAGUAGUAAAAAAAAUCGUGUUUAAAGACUUAGAACAAAAUGUUGGUCGUAAAUUCUGAAACGACAUCCGAUAUGGAUUUUAUGCUCUUAACAUCAUAUGGACAUAAUUUAGUAUCGCUUGUAGGCGAUGAAGUGUUCGAAGAUCAACAACCAAACACCCAAGAUAUAUGGGAAAAGUUCGAAGUACUUGAUAAUUGCCCGAUGAAUGAAUUUUUCCCGUUAUCACCAUUAUUACCAUCAUUAAAAACCGAUUACCAUGAUCCAAUAUUGGAUAUGAUCGAUAAAGGAUUCCCAGAAAAUAAAUUAUCACGUCCAAGUGAAAUACGAAAUCAUGAUUGUAUGUGGGCUGGACAUUGUGCAUCGAAAGAUCACGAAACUCCACAACAAUCAAAAUAUAAAAAACAAAGUACAUGUCAACAGAAUUCAACAUCUUCACAACAAUCAAAUCAAAAUACAAAUCGUCGUUGUAGUUCGAAUAUAAAUCAACAAACAACAUCCGGUCGAAGUUUGUUAAUUAACUCGAAAAAUAAUCAACAAAUUAAGAAUAAUAUUCGACAUGAUCAUUCAUUUUCGAAAGUUCCAAAAGCUGUUAUCAAUGGUAAUGUACAACAUUACGAGACACCAGAAGUGUCUUCCGAAGAUGACAGCAUGGAUUGUAAUCCACAAUUACAACAAAUUGUUGAUUAUAUAACAUCUGAAAAACAAACAGUUAUGCAAAUCUUAAAUGAAGCGUUAAGUAACACCGAAGCGGAUUUAUGUGAUUAUUUACAUGAUAAUCUAGAAUUAGAAAAUUCUGGGAAAAAACAAACGAACGGUGGUGAUAAUGAGGAAGAUGAUAGUAGUGCUUCAUCGGUGUCAUCGGGUUCCGAAUCUUCGGAAUCAGAAUCAGAGGAAUGUGAUAAUAAUGAAUAUUCACAAACGAUACAAACACCACCCGCAUCGAUGAAAAAGAAAAAUGUGGUGAAAAAUGAUAAUGUUAUGGUGACAUCGAUAAUGCCGGAUCAUGCUUAUCAUCGAUCAGCUGAAUCGGAUCAUUGUUAUCAUAUCAGUAAAGAAUCAUCGAAACGAUUUGAAAAUUUGGGCGUUGAUACACCAUCUGAUUCAGAAGAAGAAGAAAUUGACGUUGUAAAUGUAUACGGCAGUGAAACACACCAUCAAAUGCUACGACAAUACCAUCAAAAAGCACCAUUACCAACAAAUCCCUCAUUAUAUGAUCGACAAACACUUCAAAGAUCCGUAGCCACAGCGAUAAACAAACGUAGACGUACAAUAAAAACACGUUUACCAAAUCAUAACAAUCGAACCGGUACCACAACUCCCACAACAGUUCCUACGUCACAAACUGAGUACAUGCAACAAAGUGGUUCACAACAAUCAGUCACAACAAAUCACAGUAGUGGUACAAAUUGCAGUAGCUACAGCAGUCGAAACAUCAAAGACCAACAUUCUCCUAAUAUAACAAUAUCACCACCCCCAACCCCACAAUCGUCACCUCCACAAAGAGUGAACAAAAAACGUGGUGCCACAGAUAACCUACAAAAAUCAAGCACACAAUCCACAUCAAAAGGUGUAAAACGUGCUCGACGAAGUUACAGACAACGUCGUAAACGUGGCUCAGGUGAUUCAAGUGAUUCCGACAGUGAUAAACGUAGUUUACAUAACGAUAUGGAACGACAACGUCGUGUAGACUUACGUAAUGCAUUUGAUGAUUUACGUGUAUUGUUACCAUCUGUAUGUAAUAAAGAACGGGCUGCCAAGGUAAAUAUAUUACGUGAUGCUGCUGAAUAUUGUCAUGAAGUUAGUCGAUUAGAGGAUAAUUUACAACAAACAAAAUUAGAAUUAAAAAGGCACCAAGAUGGUUUAAAGGCUAGAGUAUCAUAUUUAAGACGAUUGUUAGCAUCAAAACGUUAAAUCAAAUCCUCUAUUUUGUUGGUGUGUAGGGUUUAUUCUCCUAAAAAACAACUUGAUAAAUAGUGUGAUCGUAAAAAUGCAAAUGAAUGCUUAAAAAUAACUCUUUGAUUUUUCAUCUUUUUUCAAAUUGAAUUAAUUAGAACGGCUCCAAGAGAUUAGGUAGCCAUCCUCUCAAAAACAAACAUCAUUCGUUUAUUUUGUUUUUGAUUAGAAACAAUUUUAUUUCUUAUUUUAAAAUAAAACGAGGUGUGUAAUUUUAAAAAAUCGCAUACAAAAAUGCUUAGAGACAUGCUAAAAACAUCGCUUAUAAACAAAGUGUGUCCUGUCAAAACAUAUUAUGACGUCAGUUUAGUGUAAACAAAUUGUAAAAUAUAGACUAUUGACACAAAACAAGGAUAGAUUAUAUUAAAUAUGUAUAGCACUAUCUUUUUUGGACUAUUGAGUGACAUAAACCACUUAUGUGAUAUUAUUUGACGUUUGAAAAUGUUAGGUUAGAGAUUGUAUGUGGUAUGCGAUUUAAUUAUUAUAAAAAAUUAAUUAGCAAAAUGAUGAGGAAGAACGAAAAAGUAUGCAUGAAUUUUAAUUAAAAAAAUAUUUAAAAAUAUUAUUAUUCUUAUUAACUAUUAUAUCUCUAAUAUAAUAAAUGUGUAUAAAUAAAUAAAAAUAAAGUAAAUAAAAAUCACUUUGAAUGAGAGAAAGACACUGUAACAACAAGUGAGAAAGAGAAUAUUACAAGAACGUUCUCGAAAGUAAAAUAAUAAUAUCUUUUAUCUAUAACUUAUAAAAUACUUAAUGAAAUAUUCACACAAAAUCAACACCCCCUCGAAUGAUUGAGUACGAUCUAAUUUACUUUAAUUAAUUUUUGUUUAAAAUUUUUAAGAAAAAACAAUUGCUCUUGAGAAAAUAUUAAAUUACAUCUGGAAAAAAAAAGAAAAUGGAGAAUA